UACACUAACAACUACCCAUAGACUCAACACUGCCCAUCAACUCAACGCUGCACCUCCGAUUAUAAUUAUCACGGUUGGGCGACGUGCUGUGCGAAAGAAGUUCAACGUGCGUCCCUGGGUGUUGGGUUUCAUCGACACUGCCGCAGAAUCGAGUGGGUGUCAAAUUGCCGCGGUCCCUGACUUUUUUUAUAUAACAGGUCCCUGCAGGGUGGGCUGAAUGGCAUGCAUGGUGACCACCCCAGUGCUGGAGCCAAGCGGGGACUUCCCAGCGUGGCUGAAGGCACAGGGCGUGAACGCGGAGGUGGCCCAGGCCAUGGACUCGGAGCUGGGCAUCCGGGACUACGGGGUCCUGCGCGCCUGUGUCGGGGACGGCCUCGUGCGGGCCGAGCUGCUGGCCACGGCGCGCGACCGCCUGCCCUUCGGUUUCUACGCCGUGCUGCGGCAGGUGGUGAAGGCCUUGCAGGGUGCCAAGCCCAGCGACGCUGGGAUGCUGCGCUGGGACGACGCCGCCGCUUCCUCCCCUGGCGAUGUGACCCUGGGAGGCCUGGUGGAGGUGCUGCUCGGGUUGUUCAGCGGCCUGAGCCGGGAACUGCUGCUGUCCGUGCAGAGGCUGGGAGACAUUGAUAACACUGGAAUGUGCGCUGUUGGCUCCCCUUCAGCCAACACUGUCGUUUUUCCUGAGAACAGUGUGAUGAAUGAAAUUGAAGAUUACAAAGUGAACGAUGAAGGUGAGAAGAACUUCAUUCCAGAUAUGGGAGAAUCGCAAGCUGUGGACGCAUCACCUUUAAUAAAGACGGAAGCCCUUGAAGGUGCAUAUUCAACAAUGGACACGAGGAGUACAGUUCGUGGGCGCGAACCAGGCCAAGUUGACGACCCUGCAGAGGCCGGUUCCGCACGAGCCGGAGACGGAACCUGGGGCGAUGCCGGUGCUUCAACAGCCAUAGCAGCCGCCGGGCACGCCGCCACAGUCGGGGGUGGGCUUCGGGAUGCUCACUCCCGCCUCGCCGAAUUACUGCUCGCCGCCGCCUCCAUACUUCAAGAAAUUACCCAUACGGGAGGAGCGGGGGUGGGAGAGAGGGGGGAGAAUCGGCGGAAAACUACCGUUCCCGCCAUUAACACGGCUCCGCAAAUUGAAAUUGGUGCCAUUUCCGGGGUGGACUCCGGGGGUGGCAGGGGCCGGGCACACCACGUGGGAGGCGGCACCCAACCACCGCUCGCCACGUCAUCCCCAAGCGAUGGCCACGGCCGUAGCCAACCAGGAAUCUCCGCGCCAGAAGUGGUGCGACCUACGGAGGGGGCCACCUUUGCACUGUACGAGAGUGCUGUACGGGACCAUCAUCGGCAAGCGACGGAGCAGACGUUCCAGCAGCAACUGUCCGUUUUAACAGCGUUCACAGCUGACGCAGGCGACUGGGGAGCCUUCCAACGACGCUUCCUCGCCUACCAAGAGAUGUCGGGCUGGUCCGACGAUGAGGCACUGCGCGCCCUCCCGGCGACUAUGGACGACGACGCUCUGGCUACCCUAGUGUCAGCCCCGAGAUCGCGUCGCUCUACACUGCAGGCAGCGCUCCAGUUGAUGGCCACUGUCUACUGGCCGCCAUCUGUGAGUCGCCACCAUUUUCACGAAUGGAGGAAGGGCGCGAAGGAAAUGCCUCUCGCCUACCGCACAGCUCUUUUGGCCCUCGCUAAGGCGGCUUUUCCGCGGAUGGACUGCGAAGGCAUCGAUGCCAUGGUAACGGAGAAGCUCCUAGUGUUGGCCCAGGAGCUGGGCAUCGUUGUCCUGGCAGCAGAUGAUGCGGACAUAUGCUCGUUGCGGGUCGCCAAGAACAUUCAUAAUCACGAGGUCCUGAAGCGGAACCGGCCUCUCAUCACCGCCGCCUCCACCUCGGAGCGCAGCGAGCCCCAAGACGCCCAGCCAUCGGAGGAGGUCUUCGCUGCGACUCGUCUGGGGGAUUGGAGGUCGGGUGGCCGACAGCCUCAGUAUCCGGCGCGCAAGCUGGAGCAACCGAGACCAUCGUCAGCCCUCGUCACCUGCUACAAAUGUGGCCUCCGAGGCCAUGUUGCAUCGGGGUGCCGGGCUCCACGGCUGCGUGCACCAGGACCUCGGCCGGAUGACGCCCAGGCUUCCAAGUCAUCCCAGCAAUCUCCGGCAAGUCGCGGCACCACACCUGCUCGGCCCUCCCACACGCUACACACGACUCACCGCGCCGCACAUGACACAUCACGCGCCACGGGCGCCAGUUCAGUGAGGGGUGGUGCGUUUGGACGAGCGCUCGGUCCGGGUCAGUGGUCCGAGUUGGCUCAUAGGGUGGUUGCUGCGUCGGCCGGAUCGUCUGUGGUUGCGGGUUCCAUUGAGGGAGUCGAGGUUCGGGUACUGGUUGACACUGGGGCAUCGGCAACGAUUAUCUCCGACCUGAUCUAUAACAUACUCCCUGUUCAAUGUUGACCAUUACUGCGUGUUGACGUCCCGUGCUAUGCGGCAAAUGGAGGAUCCUUGGGCAUCAUCGGUCAAAUCCGGGCGAGAAUUUGAAUUGGCGAUAUUAAGCUAUCUGGGCCAGUCUUGGUUUCAUCCUCUCUCGCAGUCCCAUGUUUGUUGGGAAUGGAUUUUUUGGCUGAAAUGCCGAUUAAGAUCCUCAUUGAUCAGGGCUGUAUUGAACUUCCUUCGGGCCGCCGCAUAGCGUUUUUGGUUUCCCCCAGCGGUAUACGCACAACCGCUGCGACUGUACAAGCAAUGGCCACCCAGACGGUACACGUACCGCCUGGGUCGCUAAUGUUGGUUCCCCUGCGGCUGCAAAAACCUCUCGGCAUAGGGGUAGCACCACAUGGGGUCCUCUUGGGUUCGUCAAACGGAGCAGUGAAGGAGCUGUAGUUGUUGGUAGCUCAGACGAUAGUGCAGGCAGACAGGGAUCCCUUCAUCAUGGUUCUAAAUGCGGGUCCUCAAACGGCUGUGGUCCCACAGGGGACCGUGCUCGCUCACGCGUCGUCGGCACCAAUGGCAGAACCGGUGAUUGGGCAUGUGCAUGACGGUCCCACUCCACAGCCGGAACUAAGCCGGGAUCAGGGGUGGUUGGAUUCACUUUGUUCUGAAUCCAGUGACCUGUCCGGUUCGCAACUUGCUGCACUGCGCACCCUGUUGCUCGAAUUUUCUGACUUUUUAGCAACCACAAAUAUGAUAUCAGUUGCACCGACUUGCUCCGUCACCAUAUUGACACGGGUGAUGCCGCCCCCAUCCGGCAAAAUCCUUUCCAGUUAAGCCCUGCCAAGAAGGAGCAUGUCAAAUCGGCUGUUAAUGACAUGCUGUCGGCGGACAUCAUUUCCCCUUCCACCAGUCCAUGGGGGGCCCCCAUCGUGCUCGUCAAAAAACACAAUGGGUCUCUGAGGUUUUGCGUAGAUUUUCGUCGCCUGAAUAAGAUCUCUGUGGCCGAUGCAUAUCCACUCCCCAGAAUGGACGAAUCAUUUGACGCCUUGGCGGGGGCACAAUAUUUCUCCACGUUAGACCUGUUAUCGGGAUUUUGGCAACUUCCCCUGGACGAGGAGUCAAAACCCAAGACCGCUUUUAGAACACCCUUGGGCCUAUUCCAGUUUAAUCGGUUGCCCAUGGGACUCCACUCAGCUCCCGCGACAUUUCAGCGCUUGAUGGAAUUGGUUUUGGCCGGUCACCAAUGGGAUACCUGUUUAAUUUACCUGGGCGAUGUCAUUCCUGAAAAUGUGGUCCGCUAAAUUAAAGUUCAAGCCACAGAAGUGCCACCUCCUCCGGGAAUCUGUGCGGUAUUUGGGGCACAUAGUGAGUUGUUCAGGUAUCUCCACUGAUCUCGCUAAAACUCAGUGCGUCAGCUCCUGGCCUACGCCCACUUCGGUCAGUGAGGUUCGUAGCUUCAUAGGGUUUGCCUCAUACUAUCGGCGGUUCAUCGCAGACUUUGCCACCAUAGCCAAGCCCCUCCACACUCUGACGGCAAAGGGCCUAAAAUUUUGCUGGGGUCCUGAGGAGGAGGCCGCCUUCCGUUCCCUCAGGGACGCCCUCGUGAGUGCUCCGCUCCUGUGUUACCCUGAUUUCACUGCACCCUUUGUGCUCGACACGGAUGCCAGUAACACCGGCAUUGGCGAAGUGCUCUCGCAGGUCAUUGGAGGAGUCGAACGCGUCGUCGCCUACGGUAGCAGGGUUUUAUCUCCGGCAGAACAGCGGUAUGCGUUACCCGUCGCGAACUAUUGGCUAUCGCUUUUUUUAUCCAACAGUAUCGGCCGUAUCUCUACGGGCAGCACUUCACUAACCGUACGGACCACGCGACAUUACAAUACGCACUCCGUGUUGACCAGCCAACUGUC